UCAAACUCUCUCUCUCUCUCUCUCUCUCUACAUAUACAGCUCUUCCUCGAUGUUUCCCUUUCUUACUUGAAAACAAUCCUCUCUCUUCUGUUUCCAAUUUGUGAGGAAAAGUUUUAGCAGAAAUUGACAGCCAUCAUAAAUUUUCAUGAAUUUGCAGUUCCACUCUCGAUAAGAUAUGUUUUUUCCGAUAUUACACGCACUCUAAUCUAAUUUCUCUUCGUCCCACAAAAAAUUUUACUUGCUUGGAUCGCUCGGCAUUGGUGAAUUCUUCUUGGGAUCUUGAUAUAUCGGCUAUACUCUGUCUUGGUUAUAGUUAUAGUUAUUGGACGAAAUUUUAAUCUCCUCUGCUUUAAAAAGGAAAUGAGGGAUGUUUUCUUGGUUGGGAAAAACAGCAUCUUCAUGUUUGAGUCCUAUGAGUCGAUAUGCCCCUAUGAGCAAGGAUGAUGACCAAGGCUCCGGAGGGGAGGAUGACGCGCUUCUCUGGUCCAAAGAUCUCGAGAAGCAUUCACACGGUGAGUUCUCAUUUGCUGUUGUCCAGGCAAAUGCUGUCCUUGAGGAUCAAAGCCAAGUCGAGACUGGUAGGCACGCCACUUUUGUCGGUGUCUAUGAUGGCCACGGUGGCCCUGAGGCCUCAAGAUACAUCUCCGACCACCUCUUCAAUCAUUUGAUUCGACUUGCUCAGGAAAAUGGAGCAAUGUCGGAGGAUAUACUCAGAAAUGCGUUUUCUGAAACAGAAAAUGGGUUUCUUACGCUAGUUAGAAGAGCUUAUGCAAUCAGACCAGUGCUUGCAGCAAUCGGUUCCUGUUGUCUGGUCGGAGUUAUCUGGAAGAGAAUGCUAUACGUUGCUAAUUUGGGGGACUCUAGAGCAGUAAUGGGAUGUUCGGACCGGUCAAAUAGAAUUGUAGCCGAGCAGCUCACUAGAGAUCACAAUGCUAGCAUGGAAGAGGUCAGAAACGAGUUGACUAAUCUGCACCCCGAAGAUUCACAGAUUGUUGUGAUGAAGCAAGGAGUUUGGCGUAUCAAGGGAAUCAUACAGGUAUCAAGAUCCAUUGGUGAUGCUUACCUCAAGAUGCCAGAAUUUGCCCUCGAUCCAUCUUUCCCACGGUUCCACCUUCCCCAGCCUCUGCAGAGACCAGUUCUUAGAGCUGAUCCAAGCAUAGUGACGCGACGGAUAUCAGGGAAUGACAAGUUCCUCAUCUUCGCUUCGGACGGCCUCUGGGAAUUCUUGACCAAUCAAGAGGCUGUGGAGAUCGUCCACAACAAUCCGAGAGCAGGAAUAGCAAGGAGGCUACUUGUAUCAGCUCUGCAGAGGGCUGGUAGAAUAAGACAGAUGCCAUAUGAGGAAAUCAAGAAACUCGAUAAUGGGGUCAGGAGACACGUCCACGACGAUAUCUCCAUAGUCGUUGUCUUCAUCGACCACGAGAUGCUUGACGGUGAUGAGGCCGCCGUGCCUGAACAGUCAGUACGAGGUUUUGUUGAUUCUGUCGGACCAUCGAACUUCAACUUUUCCUAGACUGAUGCCGAACUGCCUGCUAUGUCUGUGGAACUUGAUUACCUACUUCUUUAUUUGGCCUGAGCCCCGGGCGAACGCCCUUCGGAAAUCGCCUAGACGAAAUCAUGCGUUUGUACAAUCUUUGCCUAAUAACAGACUGACUUAUAGUUGUCGAUCUCCGGUUUUGUAAAAACAGAUCUUGUCAUUAUUCUUGAAUAAUACCACCUACUGUCGUGUAUA